AUGAUGCGGGCCAAGAGAGCUUCUGAGCCCGCCAAGCGCUACGAGGCCUUUCACGUCACUAUUGAUCAUAUCCACAUAGUCUUAGCUAAUAUGCGGGGUAUCACUGUCAAGGUGGGUAGAGAGGAAAAGGAGAAGUGGUGUUCGUUUGCUUAUGAAUUCUUGCCCGAUUUCUGCUACACAUGUGAGCGUGUUGGUCACAUUGAUAAGCAGUGUGAAGUUCGGCUGGAAGCAGGUGAAACCCAGCAAUUUUCUAAAUGCCUAAGAUAUAUCCCGGAGAAGAAGAAGAUGGAAGGUUUUCAAGAUAGAAGCUCGCAGUCCGGUCGUUUGAGAGGGGGAUGGAUUGGUGGAGGAUCAGGCAGUCGAGGCUCUCACGACGGCCGCGACAAUCGCAGUGGCCGAUGGGCCUCCUCGGGGUCAGGUAGUGAUGCAGCGAGGUGGAGAAAGGAGGAGGGGGAGAAGUCUGGAGAGAAGGAAGAAGAGAUGCUGAGUCCUCUCAAAGCUCCACCGAAACCAAUGAGUCAUAGACUCAUAAUGACCCAGCGGCACAGAAGAAGUUGUUGUUGGAGUCGAAAGAAGCAGGUAAAGGGGAUGAUGCACCUGCUGAUGCAAAGGGGGCUGCAGGAAAUAAAAAAGGCGCAAAGGGAAACAAAAAGGGUUCCUUUAAGCGUCUUGAUAUGA